AUGCCUUCCAUAUUGUCAGACGAUGAUAAAGAGACGGUCAAACGCAUGGUACCAAAGGCCUCGAACAAAAUCCAGGCUGUAGCGGUGGCCCGUCUAUAUAUUGCUUAUCCCGAUCGUCACAAAUGGACAUACACUGGUCUACAAGGAGCGGCAGUACUUGCGAAUGAUCUUGUUGGAAAUACUUACUGGAUAAAACUCGUCGAUGUCUCAUCUGCAAACAGAGGUGUUAUAUGGGAUCAAGAGAUAUAUGAUAGCUGGUCCUAUAAUCAGGAUAGAACGUUCUUUCAUACCUUCGAAACCGAAGAAUGUUUGGCUGGAUUGUCCUUCGUGGAUGAGAAGGAAGCUAAAACCUUCAUGAAAAAGAUGAAUGAUCGGGAAAAGAAUGCUAGUAAAGCUACGAAGGCCAAUCCAUUUGGGGGUGCUGCUCCAGUGCACAAACACAGUCUUCUUGGCGGGUUCUUUGGCGGACACCGACAUUCCUCCGCUCCAUCGAUACAACCUACUCCUCCCGAUUCUCCUAGCUAUGUGCUUCCACCAUCACAGCCGGCGCAUCCGGCGCAUUUGGCGCAAAACCACAGGCAUUCGGGUGGGAGCUUCAAGUCGGGACAGCCUGAAUAUGCAGCUUUGGAGGCGAUUGAUCCUCAUUGGCGAGAAACAUGGGGCGAGGAUCUGAGGCAAAUGGGCAUCACGGACGAUAUGAUUAGGGACAAUCAGGACUUCAUUGCAGAUUAUAUUCGGGAGCAGCAAGCUCAACAAGGCAUAACACCCACACCCAGUGGCAUCGAGAAUCAAAGGAAUAAGGCCCCUCCUCCACCACCUCCUCCUGCGGCACCUCGAACACGCUCCGAUAGCCCUCAAAAUUACACGGCUGGUCGAGGGCGAGGGGCACCGCCUGCACCUCCUGCCCCUCGGCGAUCUAAAGCAGAUGUUCCUCGAGAACCAACACCACCAAGAGAGCCUUCACCACCCAGGGGACCUCCUCCCCCUAGAUUUGCAGCUCCGCCACCAUUCGCGGAUGCUGGCAAAUUUGCGCAUACCAAUAACAAAGCACCCUCUCGAGCACAUGCUCUUUCCAAUCCAGGGCCACCUCCACCACCAAGGCCUGCAAAAACACCCAUCGAGGAGUACGAACCAGGGGAAUCAGGUUCGAAAUUUGGAGUCCCUCCCCCUUUCACGGGGACAAGAACGACAGCACCACCCCCUACACCACAACGAGGCCCCGUUCCACCCCCGCCUCCAAGAGAUAUCCACCAAUCAAGUAGCGCCCAUGCCACACCACCUGCACAUAUUCCUCCUCCACCUUUACCGCCAAAAACUCCAGCAUCUCCGAGUGCACCCCCCUUACUUCCUAUUUCUACUCGUCCGGUACCUUUACCUCCAAGAGAUACCGCACCCCCCCAACCUCCUUUGCCUCAAAUGAGUGCUCCUCCUCCGCCUCUACCACAAUCAGCGGCUCCUCCUAUACCAUCAUCUGCUGCUCCCCCACCACCCCCUGGACCACCGCCUUCAUUCGGGGGACCACCUCCUCCUCCUCCUCCUCCUCCUCCUCCUCCACCACCUGGACAAAGUCGCGAUUCUGGCUAUGCACCAGGUGCUCCAGCACCGCCUAAGCCUGCUGGUGAACAUGCAGAUCUAUUGGCAAACAUUCAAAAGGCCGGUGGUAUUGGAGCCCUCAAGAAGGUUGACCGAUCACAAAUUAGAGACAGAAGUGCAGCUACAGUUCCAGGAGAUACUGGACCUGCAGGCAGUGGACUUCCUCCAGCCGGUGCGUCUUCGGGGGGCGGAGGAGGCUUAGCAGAUGCUUUGGCAGCUGCUUUGAACAAGAGGAAGCAGAAAGUUAGCGCUAGUGAUGACGAAGCGGAAGAUGAUGAUUGGUAG